CUUCACAUGAUUCAACCCGGGCAAGUGUAAAAUAACUCCCUCAUGUCUCAUCCACCAAGAGAUUCUAUCCAGGAAGUGGAUUCGAGAACCCACCUGAUCGACUUGAACCAGUGGUAGUAGGCCUACAGUAAAUAUUCCAGGUGCGCUGGUCAAAAAGUAUCAGCUGGUCAUUAUCUGCGGGGUGUUUUGGAACGAAACCUGCCGGCCUGGAAUUUGAUUUAGUCUACGUAGGUGCGUAACAGUAAAAUGCUGCCGCUUUAUAAUCUCUGUAACAGGAGGGGAUUUACUAGCUACAGACUAAUCCGUUGAGACCGCACAUCCAUCGUUUCGUUUUCCUGUGAUGUGUUGGUCCACAUAGUUUGUGAUACGUUUAUGAAUGUGAUGCAAUUUGAUACAUCCUUGCUGCGCAAGAGUCCCGAGCGCGGUCACGGAUAGACUGGCGCCAACGGUUCAAGAACAUUAACUGUCCCGAUUUAUAUCCAACUAAUCUCCAUGUAUCUGCCACGACGCUCAGCGAACACAGACCAUCGGUUUAUCGUUGUACAGUUAGCCCGCACGCUCUCCAUUUAGCCGGCCGCGGAGCGAUGCGCGCAGAUGUGGAGUACAGCCCGGUCGGCGAGGGGCUGGGGAUGAGCGAGUUCUGGCUAUAUGUGUGGAUGCGAAGGGUCGCAGUGAUCGCUGCGCAUGUCAUAGCUGUGGGUCUCACUGUACUGAUUUCAAUACUAUCCCGCCCGGGAACAAGUCUAUUUUCCUGGCAUCCUGUGUGUAUGUCUAUCGCAUACAUCCUGUGCCUGACCGAGGGGAUCCUCCUCUUCUGUCCCGAGGGGACUCCGUUCUGCUUCAAGGCACGGAAGGGUAAAGUCCGUCUGCACUGGUUCAUCCAGGCCCUGGUCAUAUUGGCUGCAGCCACCGGAGUUGGCUUCAUGGUUGCCAGCAAGAACGUGUCAGAGCGCCCCCACCUGGCCACCUGGCACAGCCUGCUGGGGGUGGGCACCCUGGCUGCCACCGUCCUCCAGGCCGCCUGCGGUAUCUGCCUCCUCUUCCCUAAGCUGCUCAAGCUGUCGCCUCCACGGCUCAAGCUCUACCACGCCACCUGUGGCCUCGUGGUGUACCUGCUGGCGACUGUGACCGUGGUGUCGGCCAUGUUUUCUGACUGGUUCCAGGCCACGGUGAAGGGGGUGGUGUGGUAUGCCUUCCUGCUGCUGCCGCUGUUCCCAGCCCUGGUGAUCAUGAACCAAAUCACUAACGCCUACCUGCCACGCAAGAAGAUCACCACCUGAGACUAAGUUGUAGGUUUUCACAGUACAGUAGACUAUAGAUCAGUGUCUCCCAAACCUCUCAUGAGUACCCCCAGCCAGUCCACGUAUUUGAUGUAUUCGACAACUAGCACAGCUGAUUUAACUAACGAGGGGCUUGAUUUAUUAGGUGAUAAUUUCAAUCAGCUGUGUUAGUUCUGGAAAACGUCAAAUAAGUCGACUGUCUGUGGGUACUCAUGAGAGGUUGGGGAAACUGCUAUAUAUACAGAUAUACGUAUCUUGAAAGACUACCACCAGGAACUCAUUCUUACACAAGUACAAACAUAUACAAAGUACUAGUGACGGGAGUUAGUUGCAUACACACAUCUAUAAGAAGACCUGGGUGUGACCGUUGAAUCCUGAUAAACAUGUAUGGGGACAUGUAUCUGCCCUGAAAGGCUACUGAAAGCUGACCUCUGCUGGGACAGAGUGGAUGUAACCCUGAAGUCGUCUCCAUUCCGUCAUCUGUUUCUCCAGAGGCUACUCUGCAAAUAUUAUCCAGCGAACAAUAAGUCUGAGAUACUGUAUCUGGAUGAUUUAAGGCAGGGCUGGCCAACCCUGUUCCUGGAGAGCUACAGUCCUGUAGGUGUUCACUCCAACCCUAAUCUAGCGCACCUGAUUCUAAUAAUUAGCUGGUUGAUAAGCUGAAUCCGGUUGGUUACAACUGGGGUUGAAGUGAACCUAUAGGAGGGUAGCUCUCCAGGAACAGGGUUGGACAGCCCUGGUUUAAGGGAAUACAGUACCAUGGUGUAUCAACCUGAGUGUGGUUGUGAGCAGAGCAGCUAUGUGAGUGUGUUUUACCAACCCUUUAUACAUUUUGUUUAUGAUUCUUUUGUCUUCAGUCAGCCUAUAUGUUACUGUACAUUAGCGACACAUUUUUAAAAGGCUUUUUUUUUUACCAGUGUUUGACGUCCUGUCCGGAGAAGUGUGUGUGUGUCAUUGUCAUUGACACUGGAAAAUAUGAGCUUUCUCUGAAUGAAGGUAUUCGCUAGAAACACCUGGCGCACAAAGGCCUAUUGGAUGUACCAGCACGAUGCCUAAACUUCUCCCAGUCUUAUUCAGUAGGUAAAAACACUUGAAAGAAAUUGUGACCAAAUACCAGCAUGUUGUUGGGCCAUUUUUUUAUACUUGAUAAAGGGCAAAUAAGUCAAACAAAAAGGGAAUAAUAUAGUAAGAGACCAUAAAGAUUUUUUUUAUCAAGUCUUCAUAUGUAUUGCCUGCUGUGGCAGCCGCAGGAGUAAGGGAGUUGGUUCCUAAUUUUGUUUUCAGAGCAUACCUAGAACUCUGUAUUUCCUGCUAUGCUAUAGGUCAAGUUUACCACCAGCAGCUAAAGUAACUUGGUGUCAGACUAAUAAAAUGGCCUUUGGUGCCCAUGUUGUAAAACACAGUUCCUUGAACUACUCAAAUCUCUUCUCUGCUUCACUUGCUUGUAAAGCCAAUCCAACGCCCUCCUGUUUUAAUAACAUCUCUCCUAAUUUUAACUAAUGCAAGGAUGUGUUUACUGACUACAACGAGUGGCUGAAUUGAGUUUCUAAGGUGGUCUUUUUAGUGUUACUAUAUGCUCUAAUAGUUGUCGUUUGAGUUCCGGGAAUUGGGCGAAUGGACUCACACUGUGUACUUGCAGUUGGAAAAUUUCGCCUAGUUUUCACUUCUGCGCACCUAUGAACAUAGAUGUGUCUUCAGGUGUUGAGAAGUUGAUUUCUUCAAUGUUUGUUACGAGCACCUAAUGAAUGUAGCCUAUCCUACUAAGGGCUAUGACCUUCAAACUCUGUGCUCAUUAGAGUAAGAAGUGGCCCCUAACCACUGAUACAGGAGAAAAUAUUUUCUCAUCCCCCUAUAGGUUAGCAUUGAUAUGGGGUGUAGGGAAAUCUGAUCUUAGAUCUGUGUUUGAGGCAACUUCUACCUUGUGUGUUCAUUGGAUGAGCUGAGUAUUUUAUUAGUGGUCAGUAAUCUAGGAUUGUUUUAAAGAGGAACAUGCAAGAGAUUGUAACUCCUAACGAAGUUAUUUCCCAUGUUAUGCUUACUGGACAUGACCCAGAACUGUAAAGUUGCAGUGAACCUGCUGAUGUGUUGUCUAAAUAAAAACCUUGAAUCCCA